AUGGCGGCCGCAAUCAAGGCGAUCAAUGCGAAAAUACGCUCGAAUAAAGUUCUCGAUUAUUUCUGCUCUACACAUUUCUGGGGGCCAGCGUCGAAUUUCGGUAUCCCAAUCGCGGCUGUAAUGGACACACAAAAGGACCCGGAAAUAAUCUCGGGUCAAAUGACAGCUGCAUUAACGAUCUACUCCGGAACAUUCAUGCGCUAUGCUCUCGCUGUCACGCCGAAGAAUUAUCUUCUCUUCCUUUGCCAUUUCGUCAAUUUCAAUGCACAGUUAACGCAAGGCUACAGAUACAUGAAGUAUUGGCAAUGGGGUGGUCGAGAUGCGGUGCUCGCACAGCAAGCGGCGGCCAAGGGGCAGGAGGCGGCUGACACUGCUAAGAAUCCCUAA